CACAGCUGCUGUGACCGAUGAGGUGGCUGUCACUUCUGCACCUCCUGUGACUGGCGAAGUGACCAUCAGCACGGCAGCUGGAGAAGCUCCCGGUAGAGACAAGGAUGAUUCUGAUGCUACCACCCAGGUCGCUACGGAGGCUGCGACUGUCACGACUACGAUCGGUGCUCCUGUUGAGCCUACUACUAUAACGUCCCCUCUGCCGGUCAGCACAGCUGCUGUGACCGAUGAGGUUGCUGUCACUACUGCAGCUCCUGUGACUGGCGAAGUGACCAUCAGCACGGCAGCUGGGGAAGCUCCCGGUAGAGACAAGGAUGAUUCUGAUGCUACCACCCAGGUCGCUACGGAGGCUGCGACUGUCACGACUACGAUCGGUGUUUCUGUCGAGCCUACUACUAUAACGUCCCCUCUGCCGGUCAGCACAGCUGCUGUGACCGAUGAGGUUGCUGCUAUCACUGCAGCUCCUGUGACUGGCGAGGUGGCCAUUACCACGGCAGCUGGGGAAGCUCCCAGCAGAGACAAGGAUGAUUCUGAUGCUACCACCCAGGUCGCUACUGAAACUGCAACUGUCAUCGCCUCGACUACGAUCGAUGCUCCUGUUGAGCCUACUACUAUCACGUCCCCUCUAUCGGUCAGCACAGCUGCUGUGACCGAUGAGGUCGCUGUCACUACUGCAGCUCCUGUGACUGACGAGGUGACCAUUUCCACCGCAGCUGGGGAAGCUCCGGGCAGAGACAAGGAUGAUUCUGAUGCUACCACCCAGGUCGCGACUGAGACUGCUACUAUCACUACUACGAUCAGUGUUUCUGUUGAGCCUACUACUAUAACGUCCCCUCUACCGGUCAGCACAGCUGCUGUGACCGAUGAGGUUGCUGUCACUACUCCAGCUCCUGUGACUGGCGAAGUGACCAUCAGCACGGCAGCUGGAGAAGCUCCCGGUAGAGACAAGGAUGAUUCUGAUUCUACCUCCCAGGUCGCUACGGAGGCUGCGACUGUCACGACUACGAUCGAUGCUCCUGUUGAGCCUACUACUGUAACGUCCCCUCUGCCGGUCAGCACAGCUGCUGUGACCGAUGAGGUCGCUGCUACUACUGUGGAGACGACCGAUUCCGAGACUACUCUCAGUCCGAUUGUGUAG